CAAACAACACACUUUCGAUCUACUCAAGAAUAAUAAUUUAUAAAACCACAAUAAUUAUAACGAUCAUUGUAAAUAUAAAAGAACAACGAACUAACACAAAGCGAGCUUAAUAGCAAUGUUUCCUUGAUUAACCACUGAAGGUCGAUAAAAAGCUUUUGGAUCGGUACAGGGCGCUGCAGUACGGGAUUACAUACAGUUCACGGAGAUUUACAGAAGUUUGAUUUCUGAGAAUAAAAAGACUUUGUGAAGAAUAUUCCGAAGACGCCAAUUCUGUCCUAAACCUAAAUCUUUGGAUAUGUGCAGCGUGUUUUUGCAGAUUGGUCAAGGAGGAAACCAAAUUGGACAGUCCUUUUUCGAUGCUGUCGGCAUUAACGCCGAAAGUAAUAAAUGUAGCUGUAUUUACCAACACCAUGACCAGAAGCUACGCUCAAUAAACGUGGACAGUGAGUGGAAGACAGUGACUGCAUUGAAGAAGAACCAAUUGAUAAGGGCCAACAACAUUAUUCAUGGACUUUGUGGACGUGGCAAUAACUGGGCUAUGGGUUAUUAUGGUUUGAAUGAUCCACAAGAAAAAGACAUUCUCCAGAAGACACUCCAAAGUGUACGAAAGGAAAGGUUUGGCUCCCUUGUGGUGGAACACUUACGUGAGGCUUACCCCUCCUCUUAUAUAUUGUCCUGCGCCAUUGCUCCUUUUGCCAGUGGAGAGAGCCCUUUGCAGCAUUAUAACAGUAUGCUGUCCCUGUCAUGGUUACACAGGUUUGCUGAUGGAAUAGUCAUGCUUCCCAACGAUGCCUUUCACCAGACAUUGCUUCAGGAAAAUGGUAAAAGAACGAAUGGCACAAAGCUCUCUCUUUGGGACAUAAACCAUUCAAUGAGUCAAGCCUUGGCCGGGGUUCUCUACCUUACUGACAGUCUUUUAUUCGAGAGAGGUUACAGCCUUGGCAGUGAACCCUGGUACCUCCUGAAAACCUUAUGCUCCAAACCUGACACGAAGAUUAUAUCACUGGCUCACAGACGGCACCGGUACGUAGACGUGUGGAAAUUGGUUAUUAUUCCAACAAUGGAAUCUGUUAAUGGAAAUGGUCUCAUUUCUUUCUUUGGCUGUCUCUCUUUGAGUGUGUGUCUUUUAAUAGUUUUGCAAGUAGGUGGAUCAGAGAGAGGUACCAUGAUCUUCUUGUUUCCAUCUACCAAAUUCACCCACAAGGUAUUGGUUAGCUCGUCCAGGGUGCCAAGCAAUGGGACCGAACCUGAAACCUCAUGGUUACCAAGUAUGGAUCCUCACCUCACAACCAUGCCUGCACCUUUUUAUUAUAAUUUCCGUAUUUUUCCCUUAAUGUUUUGCUCAUACAAAUCUGUUUCAAAUAUUUUGGUUGGUCGAGGUGAGAACCAAUCAUAUGACUUCAUACAAGCCAUACAGAAACGGCAACAACAGAUUGAAAAUAACCUGAAUUGCGUUUCAUGGAAUCCGUGUCCAGUCGACUAUUGGUCAGCCGAUCACUGUCUUCCUGGUGAGAAAGUUUCUUCUCUGACGCUGGCAUCCAACACUGGCUAUGUAACUGACUUUUUGGAGAAAACUUUAUACAAAGCUAAAAGAAUGCAUGAAAAUAAGGCAUAUUUACAUUGGUACUGGAAGCAUGGAGCUUCACAGAAUGAUUUUGAGAAUGCGUUUGAGACGGUACAAAGUAUCAUUGACAAUUAUGAAGCACUGGCUACAUCAUGAAGAGCACAGGAAUUAUCUCCCUUCGAAAGAAUUGCUUCCCUUUAAAGAUAUCUCUGGAUAUAAUCUUCCUUCCAUUUUAUAUCUCUACCAUCGUCAUCAUUUAUUACAUAAACGUUUUAUUCAAUAUCAUCUCGGAUUUCAUUAAAAGUUAACUUGUACUAACAAAAA